UAAUAAUUGACAAUAAUUGACAUUUUAAAUAUUGGAUUUUGACGUUACAGUGAUAUUUGGAUGCAGCAUUAUUUACUUUUUCUAUAUUUUCUUUAAAUUACGUAAUAAAGCAUUAAAUUUUUAGAGUAUCUUGAGAAAGAGUAAUGUUUGAGGUGUUCUUCUAUAGAAAUUAAUAUGGUGCAGUUAGUUCAAUACUCUGAUUCGAAAAUAUCUGUAUGGCAAUCUGCGUUUGCCGGUGGUUUGGCUGGAGCCUUCACACGUGCAGUGGCGCAGCCCCUGGACGUCUUAAAAAUAAGGUUUCAACUUCAAAUAGAACCUAUCAGCUCAAAGAAAGGGUCAAAAUACAGCUCAAUGAUGCAGGCAAUUGUCGCAAUUGUCAAAGAUGAAGGAUUUUGCACGCUUUGGAGCGGUCAUGUGCCCGCUCAGCUUUUAUCAAUAUCAUACGGUAUCCUGCAAUUUUCUACUUUUGAAAAAUUAACACAACUUUGUCAGAAAUCUGAUCAUGACUUUUACAUUGCACACAGUCACUGGAUAAAUUUUAAUAAUGGCGCCAUCGCAGCCACCAUAGCCACAAUAGCGUCAUUCCCUUUCGAUACAGUCCGCACAAGGUUAAUAGCUGAAGAGAAAACUCGGAAAGCAUACAAGGGAUUUAUACAUGCAUUUUCUACUAUGGCCAAAAGAGAAGGCCCAUCUGCAUUGUUCAAAGGUCUGGUUCCAACAUUGGGGCAGAUUGCACCACAUGCAGGAAUACAAUUUGCUGUAUAUAAACUGUUCACAGACAACUUAUUAAGGCAAAUAGAAUACUUCCAAAGAGACACAAUAGGUACAUCCGAAUGUUCAUUAAUGGCAAAUUUGAUAGCUGGUUCAAUAGCUGGGGUUGUCGCUAAAACAAUGAUAUAUCCGUUUGACUUGGUAAAGAAGAGGUUACAGAUACAAGGCUUCCAACAGCACAGACAGAACUUUGGCAAGCAAAUGUAUUGCAAUGGCUUAUUACAUUGUAUCAAGUUGACAAUAACAGAGGAAGGAUUUCUGGCACUCUAUAAAGGGUACGGGCCAAGUAUGUUGAAAGCAGUUUUAGUCUCAGCAUUACAUUUUGCGGUGUAUGAUGAAAUUAAACAUUUAAUGUUGAAGAUGCAGCGUUGAAUAUCAAAUGACCUUGCGGUGGGAAUGAUCUGAAUGCAAUUUAAUAUUGCAUGUAUUGAUAAUUUAUAACAUCUAAACUUCCUAACUAAUGUUGCUCAUUUUAUGUUUUAAGUCUAAGUUUUGUUACAAUGAAGAUGUAGUUUAGGGAAAAGGAUCAAAUCCACAACAGAAUAUUUCUGAUCAGCCAAUGGUUAUGUUUAGAUAUAUUUUUGGUCUAAUAACCAAUUGAUUAAAAGAGCUAGGAUUCUAUAAAUUUUAUAAGGCAGGAACUAUGUCGACUGAUGUCUAUGUAAGAAUAAUAAAUGUACUAUUGGUAAUCAUUGUAAGACUUAAGUCAAAUUUAAAUUGAGACUGUGGAAUGACUUUUAGCUAAACUAUAUCUAAAUUGUUGUAAUGCCAAAAAGUUCUGUUUGUUUGUAAGUAUGAUGAAUGAUCUUAGUCCAAUGGUUUGUAGCACUAUGUUGAAUUUGCAGGAUAUCUGAGUAUUAUCUGUACGCCAUUAGCAAUUUUUAUGCUUUGAAGGUACUUUUAUUGAAGAUACCUUCAUAAUUAUAUCACAUUAUUUAGUGGAAUAUUUAACCUUAUGCAUUUACAAAUAAUUGUUAUUUUCGUGGGGCUGUAUUUGUAUAGAAUAGUUCACAAAUUUUUGUUGUUUUUUUUGCAAUACUGUAAUAGCAAAUUGAAUAUGAUGGGAAGUAGCACAUCAUUGAGACUGUUUACUGAUGAUUACGAAAAGCAUUGUUAUCAAAAAAUUUCUGUGAUAUUAGAUAACACUGUUAGUUCUUAAGAUUAACAUGCUUAAAUGUGUUCUUGUAUAUCAUUAUUUUAUUGUUUAUUAAAAUUUAUUCUUAUA